AUGGGCGACAGGGAAGACGGUAGCGACUCCAAGGCAGUUGAAGUCGCACCUAUGGAGCAUUGGUCUGAUAUGAAGGCUGCUAUCCUGGUCGUGAGUGCUUCGAAGAAGGACACCCCCUCAACUAGCGGUAUGCAAUUGACUGUGCAGACUUCAGACUUGUUUAGAGAAAGAGUCAGAGACGUUGUUCCACGCCGGUUCGAGGAGAUGAAGAAGGCUAUCAAGGAAAAGAACUGGCCAGUGUUUGCUGAGUUGACUAUGAAAGACUCUAACUCAUUCCAUGCAACUUGUCUGGACACUUUUCCGCCCAUUUUUUACAUGAAUGAUACAUCCAAGAAGAUCAUCAAGCUGUGCCAUCAGAUCAAUGAAUUUUACAACGAAACAGUGGUAGCUUAUACAUUCGAUGCUGGCCCAAAUGCCGUCCUCUAUUAUUUGAAGGAGAACGAGAAGAAGCUUUUCGCCCUCAUUUACAAGAUCUUUUCCAAAGUCUCCGGAUGGGAAGCCAAAUUUUCUAACGAGGAAUUGAGUCAAUUCACAAAGAUAUUCGAUUCAUCCUUAGCUAAGGACUUGCCAUUCGAAUUAGAUGACGAACUUUACAAGGGCGUCUCAAGAGUAAUUCUGACACAAGUCGGCCCAGGCCCUCAGCCAACCGAAGAAUGCUUAAUUGAUCCAGCAACAGGUCUGCCAAAAUAG